UGCGUUCAUCGCGAAUGAAUCAGUCGGAUGAGCUCGAAUACUCGCAAUCUUGACUAAUAUGGGUGUUGAUAGUGAUCUGUCAAAGAAUAACUGUCAAAAUACGCGCGUUUAUCUGGUACACGUAUCCGCAGUCGAGUGUUGCUCAUACGGGAAAGUGAGUGAGUGAGUGAAUGAUCGAUAUUCUGAGAUAUCGCGUGAAUCUACAUAUGCGUGGCGAAACUAACGAGAGUUUCCCAAGGUUGCUAAAAUGCCAUUCAAGUUUCACUUGAAGAAAAGUAGGCAGUACAAUGUCGUAUCCAAGAAUCAAUACGUAAUUUGUGUCGAGCUGUUAGAUAGCUCCUCUAUAGAAUGCACACUCAGUAUUGACAGCAGCGGACAAGAAUGCCUAAAUAAUGUGACACAGCGUAUAGGAUUGGGGCAGCCAGAAUUUUUUGGCUUACGCUAUAUCUGUUGUCAUGGUACACCAUCUCUACGAUGGAUAGACAUGGACAAGCCUUUGAAGAAACAACUGGAAAAGGAUGCCAAGAGCUUUACACUUUAUUUAAGAGUUAUGCAUUAUAUCACAGACAUCCAAUUCAUUCAAGAUGACAUAACAAGGCUUCAUUAUUAUCUUCAAUUGAAGAAUGAUAUAUUAGAGGAAAAAAUACAUUGUAACUCCAGACAGGCUUGUUUAUUAGUGGGCUACUCGAUGCAGGCUGAAUUUGGAGAUUACAGCACAGAGAAACACACAAUCGAUUAUUUCAAGCAGUGUGUCUUCUUUGCAAAUGAUGUAAUUAAGACAGAGCCAGGCGGGCAAGAUUCCCUUUUACAUACAGCGAUAUGUCAGUAUAGGAGUCUUGCUAAUGUUGCACAAAGUACUGCAGAGGAACUAUACAUCUCAUCUGUGAUGCAGCUAGAAGGAUAUGGCAAUGAAACAUUUACUGCCAAAGAUAGCGGUAAUAACAAAGUUAUUCUUGGAAUCUCUGUCAAUGGAAUCAUGGUGGCCUAUCCCAGCACACAAACCACACAAUUUUACAGAUGGAGAGACAUCAGCAAUGUCAUAAACCACAAAAAGACCUUUAGAAUAGAAUGUCAACUGGAGGGCGAAGAGGCGAAACAAUUUGUAUUCACGGAAUCUCGCGAUGCGAAAUAUAUAUGGCGACUAUGUAUAGCACAGCAUACAUUUUACAUGCAAUAUCAAGAACGCCGUACACUGGAAAGAUCUAACGGCUAUUACGAUAACGAUACAAACGAUUCCGGCGAACAAGCGAUGUCCGUAAACUUGGAUAAUCGAACUGUAGACAACCACACGCGAUGGACAAGCUACAACGAUCUCUCGACGUCGCCGUAUCCUGCCGUUGUGUCAGUCUCGUCAACGGAUAUAAAUAAUUUACGCGCAUUGUUACCAUCGUACAGGCCGGCGCCUGAUUACGAAACCGCGAUACAAAUGAAGUACAAGAACGGUGGAAACCCCCCACAGCCUUAUUAUGCGAAUCAAUCCGCGAUUGUGGGCUCCGAUAUUUCGUGCCUUCUUGGUAAUGUUGUAAACCACAGCAGGUACUGAAUUCGAUAAAAUUUCUCUUAACAACAUUAUCUGAUUAGGCCAUCAAGAGUUUAAGUAUUUCUAUUUUUUUUUGUUAACAUGUA